AUGCCAAAACGUCAAGAAUCACCACACAGCUACCGAGCUAUCCGCGCAUCCUACACACAGACAACGAUAACCGUCUACCAAGCUUAUCCAGCCGAAAUUGCCGAUCCAGCACUCGAAGCCCAGAACUUUGAACCCCCUUUCUCGCGAACCAGGAUGACAUGGAUCAAACCCUCAUUUCUAUGGAUGGCAUACCGCAGCGGAUGGGCAACAAAGCAGCGCCAAGAACGCGUGCUAGCCAUUGAAGUCACACGCGAGGGAUUUGAAUGGGCCCUCGCACAUUCGUGCCUGAGUCACUGGGACGCUAGAAGCGAAGGAAACACGAUGGAUAAAGACCAGUGGCAACAGCAACUCCAUGCUAGCCCAGUUCGCGUCCAGUGGGAUCCAGAGCGCGAUUUUCACUUUCGACCCCUGGAUUAUCGUGCUAUUCAAGUUGGACUUGGUCCUGAGGCCGUGACGAAAUAUGUUGAUGAAUGGAUUGUUUCUAUUAUUGAUGUCACGGACGUAAUGCAAAAGGUGGGGGCUUGUGUUCAGGCGGGGGAUCUUGAGGCUGCGAUGGCACUUUUACCGGAGGAACGGGUUUAUUCGUUGUUGGAUGAAUUGAAGGAAAUACUACACAUUCAUUCAUAA